AUGACGUUGCCCGAUUAUUAUGCGGUGCUGGGCCUAGAGGCCCGAGCGUCGGGGGCCGAGAUCAAGAAGGCGUAUCAGCGCGCGUCAUUGCAAUGCCAUCCCGAUCGAUACCCCGAUGCGACACCGGAGGAGAAGCGUGCGUGGACGGAGCGAUUCCAGAGCGUGGCGGAUGCGUACUACAUCCUGUCAGAUGCGGCGCGGCGGGCCGAGUACGAUGCGGCGCGGGCGCGUGGACAGACCUAUUUCGAUGCGGGGGAUACGCGCCCUGCCGCGGACCGCCAGUUUGCGGAUGUGUGGGCUGACCUACUGCGGCCGGAGAUGGAGCGCCAGACGUCGGUAUGGCGCACGUCCGGCGCGGUGUCGGGCGCGGUGCUCGGCUACAUUGUGGCCAAUCUGCCUGGUGCGAUAGGUGGCGCCGUACUGGGCCACGGACUCGGUGCGAUUCGGGAUGCCAAGGGCCAGCCGGUGAGCCAGGUGUUCUUGUCGCUGCCUCUGGAGGCGCGUGCGAGCGUGUUGCGAGCCGUAGCGGCCAAAGUCCUCGCGUCUAUGUAG